GCAACUAGGAACUAGGAAUUUUAUCUAAGAACAUUAUUUUGCGGUUCAAACAAAAGAAGAAAUAAUUAUUAAUAUUAUGUAUACUUUUGUGGGAAGGGGCAACAAAACAAUUGAAAUGAAGAAUUCAGUGACUAAAAGUACAAUUAUUAACACAAACGCGAGCUUUGACAAAAAUAUAAAACAUAAAAUCAGUGUGUUGAAACACUAAUUAAUCUCUAAAAUGUUUUAUGUCCUACCACCGAAUGGGCAAAUACCACUACAUGUUAUGGAAAAAUGUGUAUACACUAGAUUAGAAUAUUUAGAAUAUUUAUAUACUAAUCAAACUAAUGAUUUCGAAGGAAACUUUCAAUAUUUAUUAGAAAAUUCUGCAUACGAUAAAGUUGGUCAUUUCAUAUUAAGAUUAAUAGCUUCAACGUCAAUCGACUUAUGGAUGUACUGGCUUCCAAGAGAAAGAUUAUUAUUGAAACAUCGAUUGGAUAAUAUUACACGUAGGCAAUUAAAUAGUCUUUUUCAAAGUAUUAUACGACAAUUGGAUACGGUAGAUAGAAUAGAAAGUGAUAUAUGUCUAAAUAUACGAGAAGUAUGUCUAUUUUGUUUACAAUCUACAGUCUUCGAACAUAUCAUGUUAAAAAAUCAUGCCAAUGAUUGCUGCGUUUUUCAAUUCAAAGUAAAAUUUGACCUAGUACCGGAAUUAAUAAAAAAAAAAGAAAUUGACUUAAUUGCUGGAUAUGCUGUCGUAUAUUGCUCGCAAUGGAAAAAUCUUUUGGUAGCAUUAUUUAGUACUUACUUGGUAUCAGACUUAAAACAUACUAAAACACAUGCAUGGCACGUCGACAAUGAUGUUAGACUUCAAUCUCUGAAGCAACAAAUUGAAAUUUAUAUAUCACCAAACAAACUAACCAUCGGAAAAGUAAAUAAUAAUAACAUAAAUGUGGAAGUAGAAAAGUUUCCAUUGUGCAUGCAACAUCUACAUCGAGUAUUGAAGAAAAAACAUCGUCUUAGUCAUUACGCUCGCUUGUAUUACAGUCUGUUUUUAAAAGAAAGUGGAAUGAAAGUAGACGAUGCUAUUCAAUAUUGGAAAGAGGAAUAUUCUAAACCCCAUACGUGUACUUCCGUUUGUACGCAUGAUUGGCAAACUAAUGAAAACAAAUUUUUAUACAAUAUUAGGCACCUUUACGGUUUAGAAGGAUCUCGUAAGGAUUAUAAAUCUCCCAAUUGUACAGUUAUAUGUGCUCAAGCCCCAGGAGCCGUAUACGAAGGAGGUUGUCCAUUUAAACAUUUUAAUUCAGAUAAGUUUAUUGAUCUUUUGAAUAACUCAUUAACGAAAGAUCAAAUAGAUCAAUUUCUUCAAAAUAUGCCUUCGGAAAAACCAGAAAUAUUAUGUUCUACUUAUUUCAAAAUAGUACAUAAGAAUUACGACGGUAAUGUCAAUAUUAAUAGCCCAUUGCAAUACUAUGCAAUGGCAAAUAAGUAAAUUUUCGAAAACAUACAGUAAGGAAGUAUUAAUAUUAUUAUAUAUCUAUAUAAUUGAUUUUAUAUGAUAAGAAUAAAGUACCAUUUAACAUA